AUGUCCAACGAUUUAGAAAAUCACACGCCUAUAGAUGAUGAUUAUUACAGCCACAACGGUUCAGAUGAAGAGGAGGAAGAAUAUGUUAACUCAAUACCUGAAAUGGCAAAGUUGACAGAUUAUGAAAUAAUAAAAAAAUUGGGUCAAGGUACUUUUGGUGUGGUUCAGAAAGCAAGAAAGAAAGAUGAUGGCCAUGUUGUUGCAAUAAAGCAACUAUUGAAUCACCUGGCAAAAGAGGGUUUUCCAAUUACCGCAUUGAGAGAAAUAACUAUAUUAAAACAAAUGGAUCAUCAUAAUAUAUUGAAUAUUGAAGAGUUAAUUUUUGAAGAACCAGAGCAUUCCAAUCCUACUGAACUAAUUACAACAAGAGGUUCAUUUUAUACUGUUUCACCGUAUAUGAGUAGUGAUUUAGUUGGAAUAUUAGAAAAUCCAAAAGUCACAUUAAAACUUGAAGAAAUAAAGUGUUUAAUGAAGCAACUAUUAGAGGGAAUCCAAUAUAUACAUGAGCAAAAUUAUCUACAUAGAGAUAUAAAAGCAGCAAAUAUAUUGGUUGAUCAAAAUGGAGUUUUGAAAAUUGCUGAUUUUGGAUUAGCUAGAUUAUAUCAUGGAGAUUCUCCUAAAUUAGGAAUGGGGCCAGGUGGAGGAGAGAAAGCAUAUACAGCAUUAGUAGUAACAAGAUGGUACAGACCUCCUGAAAUUCUUCUUGGAGAAAGAAAAUAUACAACAGCAGUGGAUCUAUGGGGAAUUGGUUGUGUGUUUGCAGAAUUAUUCACUGGGAAACCAAUUUUAGUUGGGAAAACUGAUGCACACCAAGCACAAAUAAUUUUUGAUCUAAUUGGUUCUCCAACUACUCAAUGGCCUGACGCUAUCAAAUUACCUAAUAAAACUGAUUACAAUAUCGGAAUAACAGCAAAAAGGACCUUGGAACAAAAAUUUGAGGAUAUAAUGCCCAAGUCUGGGAUCAAGUUAUUGAGUGGCUUUCUUACUCUUGAUCCUUAUAAGAGAUUCAACGCAUUAGAUGCAUUACAACAUGAGUUUUUCACUGAAUCUCCACUACCUUUUUUACCUCAAGAAAUGUCAAAUUUUGGAGAGUGUCAUGAAAUUGAUAAAGGAAAGUUCCAAAAACUUACAGAAUCUAAUAAGAAUCAACAAAGGACUGAAACAAGAAAUAUUACUGAAUACAAUGGAAGAUCCGAACCUGAUGCUUAUCGUUAUGAUGAACGUUAUGCCAGAGAGGAAAGCAAUUGGGAAGUAACAAAUGAGGGUAUUGACUCACCAUAUCAUUAUAGACCGUUGUCACAACAAAAUCAAAACAGAAUCAACAAUAAUAAUAGUAACAAUAACAACAAUAAUAACACCAACACCAACACCAAUUAUAGUCAAUACACUGAUGACGGCUAUUAUCAAUCUAGAACCAAUUAUACAAAUAAAAGUGGCAGGUCACAGUACGACGAAAGAGUAGAAGAAAAUAUAAAUAACGGAUAUGGAGAUUACGAAGAGUUUUAUCAUGAAAAUCAAAGUUCAACAGAACCAAAACGAUACAAAUCAAGUGACACAUACAUACCUCGAUCAAACUCAAAUUUGACAUCAUUACAAGAAAGACGUAAUUCACCAAGAACUAAUACGCAUAAGCAUGCAAAACCUAAAACUCCCAAUUAUAAUGAAUCUUCAUUAUCAAAUUUUUCUAAUGAUAUAAUUGCUACUAGAAGAUCAAGGUUUUCUAAUGAUUUUGAAGAAGCUAGAGAUGAUACCGGUGAAGUUUAUAAUAAAGUAAAUUUAAAUUUAGCUCAUUUACCUGCAAAACCCUCAAUUCGUAUAUCUGAUCUACAUGGCAGAGUUGGGGAUCCAAAUGCACCAAAGAAACAAGCAUCUGCGGAUUCAACUAAAGAAAAGGUCAGCUUGAAACAAGAAUCUGAUGUGAUACCUAAUGAAACUAAUGAGGAGCAAGAAAACCUCAUUGCUGAAUAUGAAAAUGAGAAAAACCAUUCAACCAAAUCAAACGAGACAGACAUUUCAAAGAUGACCUCGGUCGUAAGUUCUACUCUGAACGAAUUAAAUGAAGAUAAGAGCAAGUUAUUGGAAACAGAUAAUGAUGAUAGUAAACCACGACCACGACCAACAACAUUAACACCAAUUCCAAUUGAGACAAAGGUAGUCCAAAACUCGGAAGAAUUUAAGAAAGAUGAAGAAAUGGACACUGGUAAUUCAGAAAAUUUUAAACACAAUUUAAAUGAUAAAGAACCACCUAAGCAUGAUCAAGAUUCUAAUUCAAAGAUACUAAAACAAUCUGAACAAGUUUCAUCAACACCAUCCCGAAAGAACAUAGAAACAGAUAGAGAAUCACAAAAAGUGACGAAUGCAGAAGUCAAGUCCGAAACUGAGAAUGUCAAAACUAAAUUAAAUUUGAGAGGUGAUGACAAUAAAAAAAGAGUACAAAUUAAGUCUAAUCCAAUUUCUGAAGGUACAAAACAAAUUGAAAAGUUAACUUUACCGAAAAGAAACAAAAACGUUCCCUAUGUUCAUGGAUUAAGUAAUCAUGAAAGAAUCCUGUCAUCCAAAAAUGAUAAAAUUGUACCACAAAUUAUCGCUAAACCUUCAACCAUCGAAAGUAGCUCCCGUCCAAAUCUGCAAGAUUCUUAUUCAAAAAAUACUGCUCGUCCUUCAACUCCACUUACAAAUAAGCUUAAGUCAACUUCAACUCAACUGGUCAAAAGACCAGCAACUACAACUGCGACACAACUAGCAAAAAGACCAGCAAGUACACCAACUUCCAAAAUUCAAAAAAAAAAAAGAAAAUUCAAUUAUGAAAGUUUUUCUGAUAGUGAACUUAGUGACAUACCACCAGACGUAGAAGCGGACGACAAUAGACAUAGGGAGUUUCUUGGAGAAGCUGAUCUUAGGUCAAGUUUGAAAUUUAUAUUGCUGGAAAAAGUCUCGUACCGUAAGAGUAAAGAGAUGAAAAAGUAG